AUGUCUUGCUUAUCAUGUCGUCGCACUCUUGGUCAUUCUCCCCGGAACCCGUAUGCUGCGUAUAGCAUAGUGGCCACUCAUUGCUCUCUUGGCUUUUCGGGCUGCCAUCUCGUCAUGUUCACCUUCGUCAUCCGUAUGCUGGAAUGGACGUUCCAAAAGGACCCACUCAAACGGCACCUCCGACCUUCUGGUUCCUCCCCAUCCAUUCUCAUGGAUGCACUUGACCUCUCCACCAACAUGCGUGGUGUCGGUUGGAUCUGGUCCAAGAGCUUCCAUUUCCCUCCUGACAAAUGCCCCACUUCAUGCCCAUGGUUCAUAAUAUACGUCUUCCUCUCCGCUUUGUUCCACAGUUUCAUUUGUGGUGUAAUUCAGCUUGCCAUACGAGCUUUUUUGCCUGAGACUUUCACCGUCCUAAGUGGAGGCACUAUCUUUGACCCCACACUUCCCCCUCUGAUCCGAUACAUCCGAUCCAGUGUCCUUUCUAUCCUCGUCGGAUUCUCCAUCUACACACUCAUGCAAACAAUCUAUAACCUCGGCACAUUCUUCAGCGUCGCUGUGUUGCAGCAAGACCCUGCACAGUGGCCUCCUGUAUUCUACGAACCAUGGAAUGCGGACUCGUUGCGCGAUUUUUGGGGCUAUAGAUGGCAUCAUUUAUUGAGGCGAACAUUUAUUGUGGUGGGCGGGUGGUCUUUGGGGUCUUUAUUCGGAUAUGUGAGAUUCGUAGCUGGAACCUUCAUUGGAUCGGGGAUUUAUCACAACAUUGUGGUCAUUAUGAUCAAUCAGAACGUCGAGUGGUGGUGCAUGACCCUCUCGUUCGGAAUGAUGGGUGUCAGCGUCAUUCUCGAGCUCAUGUUCACAUGGAUGGCGGGAAGGCGAGUGAGUGGGUGGAUGGGGAGAGCAUGGAUGACGGCUUGGUUGUUGGUAUGGGGGAAUGUCAUGGUCGAUGGACUUGCGCGAGCGGGGAUGUUUGCAUCGGCGGGCGCGUUUGGUACUGCGGCUCCUGUGAGGGGCAUCGUGGAGCACUACACAACAGCCUUCGAUAGAUGGCUGAGGGCGUGUGGAUCGUAG